AUGCGGAAGAAGCUGCAACAUCGGCUGAUUGGAAAUGCCCCAGAUGUAGAGGAAUCUGUAAUUGCAGCUUUUGCAUCUAUUAAAGACUACUAUAGAAGAAGAGCACCUUGUUGUGUUUACACGCAAUACCCUGUUGUGUUUACAGGCAACACAGAGUUGCAUUUGGAACCUGCUAGCAGUAACUCUCUUCCUGCAAAUGGUAACGGCUCAAUAACACAAAAAUUACGAGUUACCAACACUCAAAAUGGCAAGGGUAUUCUUGGUCCAUGUGCAUCACUUGAGAAGAAAGGUGCUUUAUGUUCUGAUACUAGCAUUGGUCAAGGGGGUACUACUACAUGGAAGGUGCUUCAAUACACACCUACUUACAGCAAUGUACACAAAUUAACUAAGGAAAUAGCAAUGUAG